AUGAAUCAAUUAUCAAUGUCGUUCGAUGAACAACGUGAUGUGAAUUAUGUACAAUUUGAUCCCAAAACAGUAGUCAAUGAUUUACAAAAAGCCAUACCAGAACUAGAUCUUGUCGGACUUGUUCACAGUAGAAAAUGGUGCUGUGAGAUGCUUCACUGUAUCACUGCAGGAUCUGUUGCAACUGAAGAAGAAAGCAACGCCGAAGAGUUGGACGAUGGAAUCCAUUUGAAUGUUACAUCAAAAGAAUUAGGUACAUCAUCAAGUCUGUACUUAAUGGCAAAAGGUUACUUCGAUCUUCGAGAAUAUACACGUUGUGCACAUCAUUUAAGAAAUUGUACUACCGGUUAUGGUUUUUUUCUUCGUCUCUAUGCAUUAUAUCUCGAUGGUCUCAAGCAUCGAUGUGAUGAUUUCGUGGAUGUAUUUCCGGAUACAGCAAGUAAUCAACGACAAGCAACAACGAAAGCAUCACUUGAUAAUGCAUGGUUGAUGCGGCUGCGUACAGAGUUGACUACAUGCGAAAAGAACCAACAAUUAAAUGGAUACAGUUGUUAUGUUUACGCUCUGGUACUUAAACGAUUGGGUUUACUUCAUGAAGCAUUAACUUACUUUGUUCGUACGAUAAAGGCAGCACCACAUCUUUGGUCAGCAUGGGAAGAUCUUGCAAUGCUUGUUGAUAGCGAACAAAAGCUUCAUAACCUUGAUUUACCCAAACAUUGGAUACGAAAUGUUUUUUACGCUCGAUGUUAUGUUGAAUUACAUAAGCCAGAAUUAUGUGUAUAUAUUUGUAAAGAAUUAACACAAAUCGGUUUUCAGAAUUCGACACAUAUCCUUUUACUACAAGCCAAAGCUUAUGAAACAGGAGCUGAGUUACAAUUAGCACGAACAUGUUGUGAAGACGCUCGAACAAUCGAUCCGUACAAUCUCGAUUCAAUGGAUAUUUUCUCUAAUAUUCUUUUCGUACUAGAAGAUUAUCAUGCGCUGGCUAGCUUAGCACAAAAAUGUAUUGAAACAGAAAAAUAUCGCUUUGAAACAUGUAUUGUUGUUGCGAACUUCUACAGUAUACGAAAUGAUCAUGCUCGUGCUAUUCAAUAUUUAACUCGCGCCUUACGUAUGAACCCUGAUUACCCAGCUGCAUGGAUUCUUUUGGGUCAUGAGUUUGUCGAAGGAAAAAAUCAUGCAGCAGCUAUAAAUGCCUAUCGAGAAGCGUUAGAUCUCAAUCGCAGAGAUCAUCGCGCUUGGUACGGUCUGGGUGAAACGUACGAAAUUAUCAAAAUGUACAACUAUGCUUUAUACUAUUUCAAAGAAGCUUUUGCGCUUAAACCAAAUGAUUCACGUUAUUCAAAUGCACUUGGCGAAAUCUACGAACGAACUCAGAAGUUACACGAAGCUAAGAAAUGCUACUGGCGCUCGUACUGUGUUGGUGACAUCGAAGGCAAUGCAUUGGCCAAAUAUGCACAUGUAUGCGAUCUUCUGAAAGAUGAAGAAACUACAGCUCGAGCUUACAUGGAAUUUAUUCGCACACAAGAAUUGCGACAGGUGAAAAAUUUCACUGAAUUCUCUCAAGCUGCCGUCUUUCUAGCUAAUUAUCAUGUAAAAAAACGUCAGUACGAUCAAGCCUGCUCAUAUGCAAGGAAAUGCUUAGAAUUUCCCGAAGUGAAAAACGCAGCGAAGGACAUUUUAAACAAAAUAACUGGACUACGCGAAGGUCAACAACAACUCAAAGAGAAAGAGUCAAUACAACAACAAACAUCAGCACCUAUUCCAACAGCUAAAUCAACGAUCCAUGAAUUUGAUUCAUCGUCUACAACAACAAUUGAUUAG